GAAGGGCCGCCGAGGUAAUUAAGGCAUAUCCUAGCAUGGAUGCUGUUGUGAGCCACAGCUGUCACCUUCUCCAGCAGCUACAUGAGCAACGCAUUCAAGGCCUUCUCUGUGACUGCAUGUUGGUGGUCAAAGGUGUUUGUUUCAAAGCACAUAAAAAUGUGUUAGCUGCUUUCAGCCAGUACUUCAGGACCCUGUUCCAAAAUUCCUCAGGUCAUAAGAAUGAUGUGUUGUACUUGGAUAUUAAAAAUGUCGGCGGCAUUGGCCAGAUCUUGGACUACAUGUAUACAUCUCAUCUUGAACUCAGUCAGGACAAUGUGCAAACGUUAUUGGAUAUUGCACAGUGUCUGCAGGUGCAGAAUGUCUUGAACAUGUGCCGCACCUUUUUAAAAAGCCACACGGGGGUAGAGCAGCCAGCCGGUGUGCCUUGCAGCAGUGCCUUCUCAUUGCAAAACGCUUUGGCUGAAGAUACAAACGGUGAGAGUUAUGGCGCUAAUUUACUGCCUGCAGGUUCAUCGACUGUGGAGCCGUGUAAAGUCUUGAAUAACUAUAACCCACAUGGGCCGCAGCCUGUUUCACCUCACGUCUCACCUGGUGAUGGAACCAAAGAGAAACGGGGUUCCGUGGAUGCUAAUUGCACAGAUCUCUCACUUAAGCAGCCAAAUUGUCACUACAAACUCCGUAACUUUUAUAGCAAACAGUUCUACAAGCAAACCACUUGUCCCGGCAACAAGAGAUCACCAGAGCCAUCUUUUGAUUUCAGUCCCUCCGCAGAGCAAAGCACGGCCAAGGAGGCACCAUCCUGCACUGUCGGUCCUUCUGAAUGUGUUUUGGAAUCAUCUGAUCACUUACCAGCAAACUUCCUGGUUCAGCCCUUAAAUGAGUGUCCCGAGGAUCAAGAGUCGGAAGGCGCGUCUUUACAGCCGGUCAAAGAGAUGAGGCUUAAAAAGGCCGUGCAUCUUAAGAAACUGAAUUUUCUAAGGUCUCAAAAGUCCCCCGAACAAUCUUCUGUGCUUAAAAUUGCUGGUGGCGAGUUUGCAAGGGAAAGUGAGGUGGAGAGCCAGAGUAGCACACAAAGGGCAAAUACCAAUGCUCUUGAAGGAAAAGAAGUCAAACGUCUAGUGAGUUCAGAAUGCCUGGAGGGAAAUGUUGAACUUGAGGCAUCUCAGGAAGCUUCUGAGGCAGGCGGCCAGUUACAGACUUCCCUGCCGGAGAGGCAGUAUCCUUGUGGAUUGUGUGGGAAAGCUUUUAAACACCCGAGCAACCUGGAGCUGCACAUAAGGUCUCAUACAGGUGAGAAGCCAUUUGAAUGUAACGUUUGUGGCAAAUGUUUUUCACAGGCGGGUAAUCUUCAAACGCAUUUACGGCGGCACUCUGGUGAAAAACCUUACAUCUGUGAAAUCUGUGGGAAAAGGUUUGCUGCAUCCGGAGAUGUCCAGCGCCACAUCAUUAUUCACACUGGAGAAAAGCCUCACCUGUGUGAUAUUUGUGGUCGAGGAUUUAGUAACUUCAGCAAUUUAAAGGAACACAAGAAGAACCACAGAGUCGAGAAGGUGUUCACCUGCGAUGAGUGUGGAAAAUCAUUUAACAUGCCCAGAAAGUUAGUAAAGCACAGGAUCAGGCACACUGGAGAGAAACCGUACAGCUGCUCCGCUUGUGGGAAAUGCUUUGUGGGCUCUGGCGACUUACGGAGACACAUCCGGACUCACACCGGGGAAAAGCCGUAUAACUGUGACACCUGCAAUAAAGGCUUCAGUCGCUCUGCCGUCUUGCGCCGGCACAAAAAAAUCCAUUGCAAAGUUGGUAACAGUGGUCCAAAUACACUGGAUGACUUUCCCCAGACAGUAGAAAUAUCUGAACUUGAGAAGUCCCAGAGCUCAGACUCAUUUCCCCAAGAAAUAUCCGUAACUUUAUUGCCAGUGUCAGUGAAGUUUCCCGCCCACCCAAACGGAGAUUCGGCCACUGAAUUUGACAGCCCUGGGGCAACAUUCCGCAAGGCGCGACCCACCGUGCAACAGGAUGAGUGCGCGAACCCACAGAAAUUGAGCUUGGAUCCUGUUAAACUCUGCAAAUCUCAGCAAAGACCUAAUCGGAUAUGCUGUUAUAAAGGCGUGGAUCUCCCCCCUGAGGACGAACCUCUGCAAUCUGGAGGCAGUUCCAUGACUCAGACUUGCAUGACUACGCUGGGCAGCGGUUGCAGCAGUGAGCCGAGUAGUCGUGCGUCGUCUGCAGAAUACAGAAACAACGAAGGGCCGUUUUUCUCCAGCGUGACCCUCUGGGGUUUGGCUAUGAAGACACUACAGAACGACAGUGAGCUGGGCCAGUGACAUGUUCGCCUUGGGGUUUGUUGUCUUAAUAAAUGAAUAAAAACAAGCAUUCGUACCGUGCACUGAACUAUUCAAAGUGCUUCCUGUACAAUGCUUUAUAACCCUCACAACAGUCAUAUAAUAUAAGGUCAAAUCCCAUUA